CAAAGUUAAAGCAUUCAGUCGUUGGUUCCCUACAAGCAAACAACUAAAUUUAUUUUUUAAUUUAAGUUUUACUUCUCUCCCCCACACAAAACUCACAACUAUGAACUCCUUCUCCGUGUUCUUGGUGUUUGCUUUAGCAGCACUGGUCGUUGCGGAACCACCAUCAGGAUAUAAUUAUCCUAGAGGCGGCGGUGGCGGUGGCGGUGGUUCGUUCGGUGGCUUUGGUGGCGGCUCAUUAGGAGGCGGCGGCGGCGGCGGCGGUGGCUACCAAGCCGUAAGUGGCGGUUUCCAGACCUCUGAAGGCCAAAAUGUCGAUCCUCAGCUGUUGGAACAAGUACGUCAAAUUCUGCUCAAUGAGGAGAGCAAAUCCGGCGGCGGUGGCGGCGGCGGCGGUGGUGGUGGUGGUGGUGGUGGUUACCCAUCUGGCUCGUAUGGCCCACCAUCCGGUUCAUAUGGUCCACCUUCAUCGUCUUAUGGUGCGCCCGGUUUCGGUGGCGGCGGCCGUGUUGUCGGCAUUGAUUUGGAAGGUGUGCGUCAGGCUAUCCAAGUGGCGCAAUUCGCUCAACAGAGCACGCAAGCCGGCGGUGGUGGCUUCGGCGGUUACCCAAGCGCACCCUCUGGCUCAUAUGGUGCUCCAUCGAGACCAAGUGGAAGUUAUGGCGCGCCUUUCUAAGGUUUAUGCGUGUGUCGACUUAAAUACAUUUAAAUACUAGAUAUAUAAACAAAUCUUGUGCCUGUGACCAAGUAGAUGAGUAGAAGAAGAGGAAUAAAAAAAGCCAAGCAUAAAAAUAUAAAUUAAAUGUAGACCACGAUCCUCAGCCAAUACACCAAUCAAUGAGACAAUCAAUCAAACAACAUGCUGCCAAAUAAAUGAAAUUGAAGUUGAAACUGAAACUGAAAAUGAAAAUGAAGAUGAUGAUAAUGAUAUAUGAUGAAAACGAUGAGGGCGAUUUAAGGCAUUGAUUGCGAUGAAGCAUAAAUUAAAAGUGAAAGUGGUUAAAAAAUAAUUAUUAACUACAACAAUGCCAGCAACAACAAUAACGCCACUCAAUGGAUUAUUCGACGAUCACGGAGGAAGCGACAUUAGCAAUAGCAACAACCAAAUCAUCGAAAUCUGCAACAUUGUUGCCCUUUUCGUUGCUGUCGCUGAAUGUCUGAAACAUGUGUUGUAUAGAGACAUGUAGAGUAUGAUAAUAUCUACACAAUUUUCUUAUUUCGAUUUCGCACUGCCAGCCACAUCCACCCAUCACCGUCAAGCACAAUGAACAACGCAAACAACAAAAUUAAACCGACAUUGUACGCGCCGUACUUUGCUCUGCAGCGACCUGUGCUAAAAAUAUACAACAACAAUGUGUAGGGAACUUAUAAUUCCAUUGCAACACCGAAAAUCAACCAGCACCAAUUCACUGCAACGGUUGCCGUUGUGUCGUUGUCAACGUCGGCGGUGGUACAGUUGCAAGUGGUAUAUGGUGAUGUGGGCCGUCAGUGAUAUUUCGUUUUCAUUCUUCAUGCGAUCUCGCUCUUUCAACAUCCAAUCCCCCUCUAUUUCCAAGGUAUUUUCAAUAAGCUAUCCUUUAUAACCCCCGCUGUUUCAACAUAUCCACCAAAAAGAACACAUAUUCCAUUUUCCAACUGUUUUGGUGGAUGUGUUUUGUUGAGUUUAUUAUUUUUAUUUUUCUUGUAAAUAGUUUUGAAUUUUUUGUUUGUUUGUGUAAACAACAACAGUAACAGCAAAAAAAAAAAAACAAAAAAUGUUAUAACGCAUCACUAGCUUGUAAGUGUUUUUAUUUGUAUAUGAAACAAACAAGGAAACAACAAAAAAAAUAUGAAAACAAUAAAAAAAAUAGUAAAUUUUGUCA